AUGCGGUUCGACAUUCUUGCGAUCCUCCCUCUGGCCGCUAGCGCGGUCAACAUCAUCUCCUCUAACGAUGAUGGCUGGGCGGAAGCAAACAUCCGCGCUCUAUUCGAUUCUCUAGGAGCGGCAGAUCAUUCAGUUGUGGUAUCUGCGCCCGCCGAGAACCAGAGUGGAAAGGGGUCAAAGGAAGAAGAGCCGACUGUCUUGGAUGAGCCAUGCGAGUUCAACAGUUGCCCAUCUGGCAGUCCGGCGGUGGGAUUUAAUGCCUCAGAGCCCCGACUAGGUUAUGUCAAUAGCUACCCGGUGACAUCUAUCCAAUACGGCAUCGAUACGAGCGGCCCGAAAUUCUUCAACGGCGCCCCAGAUUUGGCCGUGACAGGUCCAAAUGUCGGCAGUAACAUUGGCCUCACAGUUUUCAUCUCCGGAACAGUGGGCGCCGCCACAUACGCUGCGAAGAAUGAGAUCCCUGCUAUCGCUUUCUCCGGUGCUAGUGGCUCCUCUACUUCAUGGGAUAGCUCGCGGCCCCACUACAGUGAGGUCUAUGCGGAUUUGGCAACCAACUUGACAAACCACGUGGUUGCUGCUGGCAAACCCUACCUGCCAAAGGAUAUCUGGCUGAACGUCAACUUUGGAAAGGUCUCCGACGAAUGCGCAAGUCCGGCCGAUUUCUCUUUCGUCCUUUCCCGCAUCCAUACUGCGGUUCCACUAGUUAGUGGUGAUGAUGUGACCACGUGUGGGGAGUCGAGAUUACCAAGCGAAUUGAAAGUAUCGCUAGCGUCCGGAUGUUAUGCAAGUGUCUCAGUCGGGAUUGCGGACUCGAAGAGGGAUGCCUCCGCUGACAUGCAGGGGGUUGUUUUGAAGAAGCUGGGCAAUUUGUUGACUUGUCUACCCUGA